CGCAUGCGCACAGUGCCCUGCUCUCUCCACUGUUUGCAUUGUGUCUGAACGGAACAGAGCCGGACCGGCGAGCCCGUCCUUCGAAUAUAUACCCCCCCUCCCCUUAACGCUGCAAUGUCGGGCAGGUCGGUCCGAGCGGAGACCCGGAGCAGGGCCAAGGAUGACAUCAAGCGAGUUAUGGCCGCUAUCGAGAAAGUACGAAAAUGGGAGAAGAAAUGGGUGACUGUGGGAGACACGUCCCUUCGUAUCUACAAAUGGGUGCCGGUGACGGAGCCCAAGUCGGAUGACAAAAACAAGAACAAGAAGAAGGGCAAGGAUGAGAAAUACGGUUCCGAGUUGACCACCCCCGAGAACAGCUCCUCUCCCGGCAUGAUGGACAUGCACGAUGACAACAGCAACCAGAGCUCCAUCGCUGACUCUUCGCCCGUCAAACAAGAAACAAGUUGUAGCACCAGCCCAGCACCAGAGUCUGCCGGAGCUUCUCAACGCGACAAUAGCGACAUCAAGACCGAGCAAAGUCCAGACGCUAAGAGGGGUAAGAACGCGGCGUCGGCGGAAGCGUCUGAGCGAAGCGCAAAGCGGGACCCCGAAAAAGACUCCAACGGCAAAGCCACUCAGGAUGUGGACCAAGAGGCCCCGCCCACAAAGAAGUGCAAAGUGGAGUCUCAGGACUUUGAGGAGAGUUAGUUUCCUCGAUGCCUCCCCCUCCAUUAACUCUAUUAGGGCUAAUGGACUCCCACAGACACCCCCCCCCCCCCUGUCCCAAAGGGGGAAUCGACCCACCCCCUCCCCACCUCAUCCUCCUUCUGUACACCACGGAUGUUAGAAAUCUGAUGCCGCGCUUCCAAUCCACCAACAUGGAGCAUCCGCCGGGAUAGAGGAGGAUUCCGGGGGAGGGGGGGGUGUGCCCGGAUGGUCCCACUAGAUUGAUUUUAGGGUUUCUUUUCCUCAGGAGGGUCAACGCACUGUUACGAAAAAUGGAUCACAGGAGAAAAAAAAGUGCUGCUGUUAGUGGAAGUCUCUUCUCUCUCUCCAUGGAGACAGUGUCCCGCUUUUUUACCCAAGGCGGCUUGUGGUGCCAUCUUAUUGGCUUUGCCUUAAAAAUUAAUUCCGGACAGACAUCCUAUAGGUUCAGUUAGCUUAGCACAAAGUCAGGAAGCAAUAUCAAGCCUUUCUGUCCUCCUUGUAGGAUGAGAGGCUGGCAGUUGGUGGUGCCAUCUUUUAUUUUGCCUUAAACUUUAUUCCAUACAAAAAAAUGAAAGGGGGCAUGUCAUCGUACACUACAGGUUCAGUUAAUGUUGCAUAUUUUAGCAUAAAGUCCGCAAGCAUUUAUUUUUGGGGGGUGAGGGAGGGGGUGGUUAAUCCAGGAAGAUUUGUCCUCUUUUAAUUAGUGUACCUUAACCAGAAAAUAGGAGUACAAAUUGCGGCCUAAUUAGCUUGAUGCUAAAUUUUCCAUGUGGCGGUUGUAGCGUAGUUUAGCAUAAAGUCCAGAAACAUGAGAAAACCAGGAGAUAGGAAAGACUGAGGUGCACCCUGCUGCUUGUGGGCUUGACUGUCCUCGCAUUUUUAAUGUCAACGACGCCCAGUAAUGUUCGUGCAUCUUAGCAUCUUUUUUACAAAAUAUUCUAGGAACCCAACAAGGUUAGCAUAGCUUGACGAAAAGUCUGAAUGCAGGACGAAACCAGUAAAUAGGAUGACAAAACGAGGCGUGUUUGACUUGAUGCUAAAGUCGCGGCCCUUUUUUUUAAUGGACCUAUCCAGGCAACCAACCAGGUUAGCAUAUUUUAGCAUGAAAUCAGAGGAAAAUGGGAAAUGAGAUGACAAAGAGCCCUGUUUUGACACUACUGCGUUUGUUUUUUUAUCAUCACUGUCAUCCCAACUCCCAAUUAGGUUAGCGUGUCUUAGCAUCCAGGAAAGGUAAUGUCGGAAAUAGGACAAAAAGCGAUGCUAACUUCCAAUUAGAAAAUGUUUUCCAUGAACAUUUUGUUUUCUGGUGCUGUCUAAUGGCUGGAUCCGCAUGGCUCGAUGUGAACUUCCCGCAGGUAGCAGACUGGCUAGCCGGCUAGCUAACGGGUGCGCGCACAUGGUCGGAGAGAAGAGACGCUGUUCGGAGGACGGAUUAGCAUAUACCUCAUUCCCAGUCCAGCCGCGCUGGAGUUUCCAAUGCUAUUCUCUAUGACAUUGACAGUGAAAUGACUUAGCAUUAAUAUUUGCGCUCAUUUUUUUUCCCAACACUUUGUAGCUUUUCACCCGAUUUGAGCCCAGGAGUCGCUUCCAAGUGUGUUCACAGUGUGAAAUCUUGUACCUCUUUUGUUUCCUCUUCUCACACCUUCUGGACCAGUUUUGUUUGUUUCAUUCUAGAACUUGUACAGAUUUAUGCUUUGUUUUGACUUAUUUAUUCCAUCGGUAGUGCUUGGUUUUUAUCGUCCAAUGGUUUUGUUUCUUAAUAAAACUCUCAAAAUUUUG